AUGGUCUUACCCAAAGACGGUCAACUGAAGACCACCCUACCCAAAGACUGCUCUCAACCAAAGACCCCCCUACCCAAAGACCCCCUACCCAAAGACUGCUCUCAACCAAAGACCCCCUACCCAAAGACCCCCUACCCAAAGACUGCUCUCAACCAAAGACCCCCCUACCCAAAGACCCCCUUACCCAAAGACCCCCCUACCCAAAGACCCCCCUACCCAAAGACCAGCCUACCCAAAGACCCCCCCUACCCAAAGCCCACCCUACCCAAAGACCACCGUACCCAAAGACCCCCCUACACAAAGACCCCCCUACACAAAGACCCCCCUACACAAAGAACCCCCUACCCAAAGACCACCCUACCCAAAGACCCCCCUACCCAAAGACCCCCCUACCCAAAGACCAGCCUACCCAAAGACCACCCUACCCAAAGACUACCCUACCCAAAGACCCCCCCUGCCCAAAGCCCACCCUACCCAAAGACCACUGUACCCAAAGACCCCCCUACCCAAAGACCCCCCUACCCAAAGACCCCCCUACACAAAGACCCCCCUACCCAAAGACCCCCCUACCCAAAGACCACCCUACCCAAAGACCACCCUACCCAAAAAUGA